AAUAAUCCUUCAUAGUCAUCUUAUUGCAGAAAUGGCACAUUAUUGGCUAGUACUCAUUAAUAUCUGUUUAUUAUUGGUAAUAAUUAAUAUUCCGUUUAAUUCUGCUCAAUCUUACGAAGUUAGUAGGAAAACAGUUUAUUCUAAUAGUGGCACGCGUGGAACCGUAAUUUGUAAUUAUUUCCCGGAAAAUGAAAUUUUACCAACUUCAACUAGUAUUCUAGGCAGUCUAUAUCCUCUUAGGAGAUUUAUACGACGUAAUACGCGGAAGUCUUUCUUUCGGACUAGAAAAGGCCUAAGAGGGUUUUAAUUCUAUCAGAAAUAGUAAUAAACACGUGUCAUGGAGUUACAAUGAUGGG